UCCUCCCUCCCUGCUCCGCACGCAGCCAUCCUCCUCUCAAGGCAAACCUUUCCUUCAGCCCCGCUCCCCGCGUCCCCAGCUCUCCCCGGCGGCAGGUGCGUGCCCACCCUCCGUGCCGGCCGCCGCUGCCCCGCUCCCCCUCCGCCCUCCCGGCGCCGGAGGGAGCGAGACGGAAAGUGUGGGAGCGCAUAGCAACAGGGUCCGGCAUGAAGCAGGUUCGGCAGCAGCAUCUCCGGAAGCCAGUGCCACCAGGUCUCCUGGUAAGCCCCAGCAGCCAGGAUGGGGAGCUGGGCUCCGAGUGCCCCGAGGACAGAGGGAACUGGACAGGGCGGCUGGAUUUCCUCCUCUCCUGCAUCGGGUACUGCGUGGGCCUUGGAAACGUCUGGAGGUUCCCCUACAGGGCUUACACCAAUGGAGGAGGAGCUUUCUUGAUUCCUUACUUCAUCAUGCUGGCUAUCUGUGGGAUCCCCAUCUUCUUCAUGGAACUGUCACUUGGCCAGUUCUCCAGCCUGGGGCCACUCGCAGUCUGGAAGAUCAGCCCCCUCUUUAAAGGCGUUGGCAUGGGCACGAUCCUCAUCGUCUCCCUGGUGGCCAUUUACUACAAUAUGAUCAUUGCUUACGUUCUCUUCUACCUCUUUGCAUCCCUCACAAGCGACUUGCCCUGGCAGCACUGUGGCAACUGGUGGAACACUGACCUGUGCCUGGACCACCAUGUCCUCAGGGCGGGGAACAGCUCCCUCCCCGUCAACAUCAGCAACACCGUCAGCCCCAGCGAGGAGUACUGGAGCCGGUAUGUCCUGCACAUCCAAGGAAGCUCGGGGAUUGGGGAUCCUGGGAGGAUCCGCUGGAACUUGUGUCUGUGCCUGCUCCUCUCUUGGACUAUUGUUUAUCUGUGCAUCCUUAAGGGAGUCAAAUCCUCUGGCAAGGUCGUGUACUUCACUGCCACCUUCCCGUACCUCAUCCUGGUGAUGCUGCUCAUUCGUGGCGUGACCCUGGAGGGGGCCUGGAAGGGGAUCCAGUUUUACCUCACACCCCAGUUUGAUCACUUGCUGUCCUCCAAGGUGUGGAUCGAGGCAGCCCUGCAGAUUUUCUACUCCCUUGGGGUGGGCUUUGGGGGCCUCCUCACCUUCGCCUCGUACAACACCUUCCAUCAGAAUAUCUACAGGGACACCUUCAUAGUGACCCUGGGCAAUGCCAUCACCAGCAUCCUGGCGGGGUUUGCCAUCUUCUCUGUUUUGGGAUACAUGUCCCAGGAGCUGGGGGUCCCUGUUAACCAGGUGGCAAAAGCAGGUCCUGGUCUGGCUUUUGUGGUGUACCCCCAGGCCAUGACAAUGCUCCCCCUUUCUCCAUUCUGGUCAUUCCUGUUCUUCUUCAUGCUGUUAACCUUGGGCCUGGACAGCCAGGUAAGGACAGAGCCCACAGAGACAGCCGUGGACUCCAGGCAGCCUGAGGGCUCAGGGCACCCUCUCCUGCUGCAGUUUGCAUUCAUGGAGACCAUCGUCACGGCGGUGACAGAUGAAUUCCCCUACUACCUGCGGCCCAAGAAAGCUUCCUUCUCAGCUGCCAUCUGCAUCGCCCUCUUCCUCAUGGGGCUCAUCCUCACCACAGAGGGUGGGAUGUACUGGCUGGUCCUGCUGGAUGACUACAGUGCUGGCUUUGGUCUCAUGGUGGUGGUGAUCACCACCUGCCUUGUGGUGACACGUGUCUAUGGUAUGAAGAGGUUCUGCCGAGAUAUCCACAUGAUGCUGGGAUUCAAACCAGGCCCCUACUUCAGAGCUUGCUGGAUGGUCCUGUCCCCAGCAACGAUGAUGGCUCUGCUGGUGUAUAACAUUGUCAAGUACCAGCCUUCUGAGUAUGGCAGCUACCGCUUCCCCAGCUGGGCAGAGGUCUUGGGCAUCCUCAUGGGAGUCCUCUCCUGCCUGAUGAUUCCCAUGGGCAUGGUGGUGGCUGUGCUCCAAGAAGAAGGGACGCUGUGGGAGCGGCUCCAGCAGGCCAGCAGGCCGGCCAUGGACUGGGGCCCGUCCCUGGAGGAGAACCGCAGCGGCAUGUACGUGGCCAGCCUGGCUGGCAGCCAGUCCCCCAAACCCCUGAUGGUGCACAUGAGGAGAUACGGGGGCAUCACCAGCUACGAGAACACAGCCAUCGAGGUGGACCGCGAGAUGGAGGAGGAGGACGAGGAGGAGUCCAUGAUCUGAGGGACAGGCUGGGGGGGAGCUCGCCUCCCAUUUUGCACAGGUUGCACUGCAGCACUUCAGGACGGCUUGGGGGGGUCUUUCAAGGAGUAGUCAGGAGCUGCUGACCCUGCCAGGGUCCCCACCACCACCCUGGCCCUGCCAGGACAGAGCUGCUGCCUGUCCUGGAGUCCCCAUUGUGCUUCUGUUCAGUGUGACAAGCUGUGUGAUGAGUCCCUGUGUUUGUGUGACAGUGUCUGGUUGAAGUGUCACGGCUGUCCCACUCCCACCUGCAGCCCCAGCCCUGCUGUCCCCUCUCAGGGUUGUCCAGGGUGGAGGCAUGUCCAGGCUGCAGGAGGUGGGGAGGAGGAGAAGGAGCUCCUGUGUGUUGAUCUGUUCUCUGUUUGUCUGUAUUUGACUCCAAUAACCCAUAAACACGUGUGAGAGAAUCUGUAACAGCCUCCAUUCCCAGAGGACAGUGUGUGCCAGAGUGCUCUGAUCCCACAGAGGUAUUCCAGCAAAACCAGCACAAAUCAGUGUCCUCCUAAAGCAAUUUGACCUAAUAAACAAGCAGUUAUAAAUGA